AUGAAAGCAAUAAAAGGCAUCGGAGUUGAUAUUGUUAAUAACCAAAGGAUGUUAAAUAUUAUCAAAGCCUAAUAUGCAGAGCGAUUUUUAGUAAAAGUGCUCCAUCCUUCUGAAAUUGAAUAAUUCAAAGGCAAAUCCACUAUUCAAUUGCAACAACAGUUUCUAGCAUCAAGAUGGGCUGUCAAAGAAGCACUUGUUAAAGCCUCUAGUUUUAAAGAGUUAGUAUUUCCAGAAGUGGAAAUAUGCAGAAAACAUGAUAAACCAAACAUUGUGUUACACAAUACGAAUUUGGAAUAUUUUAAGAAGAAUUUUGGGAACGAUUAUGAAAUCUAAGUUAGUAUAUCCCAUGAAGAUAGUUAUUCUAUUGGAUUUGUCAUUUUAUAGAUAUGA